AUGCUCUCCUCUAAUGCCAUAAACCUCUCUGUAGUGGAUCCAAGCACACAGCAUACAAGUGUAAACGACAAUGAGUGGCAACUGCAACAAUCACGGAGAGCGAGAAGAAAUUCUAAACGUGCAGACUCUGCUGAUGGCGAGGAGAUCAUUGGCAACGGUGACAGGAACACCGGGACCCGUGUGAAGAAUGUGGAGGUGGGCGGUGGUGGGCCCACCCAGCAAGGGGAACGCCCACCCAGCAAGGGGAACGCCCACCCAAGCAAGGGGAACGCCCACCCAGCAAGGGGAACGCCCACCCAGCAAGGGGAACGCCCACCCAAGCAAGGGGAACGCCCACCCAGCAAGGGGAACGCCCACCCAGCAAGGGGAACGCCCACCCAAGCAAGGGGAACGCUCACCCAGCAAGGGGAACGCCCACCCAGCAAGGGGAACGCCCACCCAAGCAAGGGGAACGCCCACCCAGCAAGGAGAACGCCCACCCAGCAAGGGGAACGCCCACCCAAGCAAGGGGAACGCUCACCCAGCAAGGGGAACGCCCACCCAGCAAGGGGAACGCCCACCCAAGCAAGGGGAACGCCCACCCAGCAAGGGGAACGCCCACCCAAGCAAGGGGAACGCCCAUCCAGCAAGGGGAACGCCCACCCAAGCAAGGGGAACGCCCACCCAAGCAAGGGGAACGCCCACCCAAGCAAGGGGAACGCCCACCCAGCAAGGAGAACGCCCACCCAGCAAGGGGAACGCCCACCCAAGCAAGGGGAACGCCCACCCAAGCAAGGGGAACGCCCACCCAGCAAGGGGAACGCCCACCCAGCAAGGGGAACGCCCACCCAGCAAGGGGAACGCCCACCCAAGCAAGGGGAACGCCCACCCAGCAAGGGGAACGCCCACCCAAGCAAGGGGAACGCCCAUCCAGCAAGAGGAACGCCCACCCAGCAAGGGGAACGCCCACCCAAGCAAGGGGAACGCUCACCCAGCAAGGGGAACGCCCACCCAGCAAGGAGAACGCCCACCCAGCAUGGGGAACGCCCACCCAGCAAGGGGAACGCCCACCAAGCAAGGGGAACGCCCACCCAAGCCUCCUCUCGCUACCCGCGCUAA